AUGGCGGUCCUGCUCGAGACCUCGAAAGGGGACAUCGUCAUCGACCUGUUCGUCGACGACGCCCCGAAGACGUGCCUGAAUUUCGUCAAGCUGUGCAAGAUGAAGUAUUACAACCACUGCAAGUUUUUCGACAUUCAAAAGGAUUUCAUGGCGCAGACGGGCGAUCCCACGAACACCGGGCGCGGUGGAGACUCGGUGUUUAAGUUUCUGUACGGCGAGCAAGCGCGGUUCUUCGAGGAUGAGAUACACGCGACGCGGAAGCAUGAAAAGUUUGGAACGGUGAGCAUGGCGCCGGCGGCGGAGAACGCGAACGCGUCGCAGUUCAUCAUCACGACGCGCGCGGGCGCGGUAGACGCGUUGGAUGGGACGCGAACGAUAUUUGGGGAGGUUUCAGAGGGGAUGGACGUGUUGAGGGCGAUUAAUGAGGCGUAUUGCGAUGAAAGUGGACGACCGUGGCAGAAUAUUCGCAUAAAGCACUGCGUCGUGCUGGACGACCCGUUCGACGAUCCCCCGGGGUUCGCCGAACUCGUCCCGGACGCGUCGCCGCCUAGAAAAGAGGACCCCGAUGAUGAUAGGUUAGAGGAUGAUUUCGAUGUCAACGCGGAGAUGAAUAAGGAUGAGGCACAGAUUGAAGAGGAGAAGCGUGGGCGCGAGGCGCACAAUCGAGCCGUCGUCCUUGAACUCAUAGGAGACUUGCCCGAUGCGGACGCAAAACCGCCGGAAGAAUCGCUCUUUGUGUGCAAAUUGAACCCAGUGACUACGGAUGAGGAUUUAGAAAUCAUUUUCAGUCGAUUUGGUAAGGUAUUGUCGUGCGACGUCAUUCGCGACUUCAAGACGGGAGCGAGUCUUGGGUACGCCUUCGUUAACUUUGAGCACAAACACGAGGCCGAGCAGGCGUACUUCAAGAUGGAUAAUGUUUUGAUCGACGACAGACGCAUUCACGUCGACUUUUCGCAAUCGAUGCAUCAUCUUUGGAAGAAUUUCAAGCGU